AUGGCUGGGAGACUUGAGAAGUGUUCCUCUUUGAUGGGAUUCGCUCUCCUCUGUCUGCAAAUGGUUACUUCAUCCAAAACAGCGCCUGAAAUACCAACUAUUGAUCAGGCAUAUUCAAAACUCAGCAAUAGCAUCACUGUAGAGUGGACUGCUGUGCCAGGGGCCACAAGUUACCUGCUCACAGCUGAAGAUGGGGACACAGUCAUUGAGACCACGGUGGCCAGUUCCCCAGGCACUGUGACAGGCUUGAAGGCUGCGACCUUGUACCGAAUCACCAUCAGAUCCAUCAGUGCCUCUGGACAAAGCCAGGCGUCAUCUCCAAAGCAGGCGAAGACAGUCUUGGCGGCCCCCGUUCUGGAAGUUGGUUCUCCAAGUCCAGACUCCAUCCUUGUGAGGUGGGAUGCCGUCUAUAUGGCAAUCGGCUUCUCUGUGUCUGUCAUGCGAGCCAAUGGCUUGGGGAGAAUUUGGAAGGAGAAUACUACAAACACCUCCUUGACCUUCAGCAGCUUGGAUGCUGGGACUCUCUAUACUAUAAAGGCCUACGCCUGGAAUGCCAAUGGAGUCCCUGGAGACGACUCCACCUGCAACCAGAGAACCAGUCCUCGCGCCCCUGCCAACGUUCAAGUCCUCUUUGACAGCGGGGCCUUGAAGGCAUCUGUUUCCUGGACACCAACAGAAGGAGCGUUCAACUACACUGUGUUGGCGUCCAGCGAGUCUUCCCAGCGGAGCUGCAGCACGGCUCUCAGUUCUUGCAGCCUCAGUUCCCUGCAGUGCGGAACCGAGUACCUGAUUUCUGUCUCAGCCAGCAAUGAUGCUGGCUCCAGCUGGUCCUCCUCUGCCGGGACCCUGAAAACUGUGGCUUGUGCACCUGGAAGAGUGACAAUCCAAGAAGCACCCCCUGGUCACUUGUCUGUGGCUUGGUCUAAUGUAGAGCUGGGUGAAUACUACGUGGCUUUCGUGAAGAGUGACGACGGCCUGGAAGUACACUGCAAUACCUCCCUCACUCGGUGCCACUUCCUGUCCGAAUGCGGCUUCACGUACUUCAUCAGCGUAUUUGCCUACAACACUGCGGGGCAGAGCCCCCUGGGUGACGUGUUCAACUACACCACAGCGCCUUGCUGUCCUAGCGACAUUAGCGCAGUGUUGGUGUCCAGCGACAGAGUGGAAAUCGCCUGGUCUCCUGUGCGCGGUGCUGAGCUCUAUGAAACCAAGGCCAUAGCUGGGUACAGCGUGGUGGAGUGCAACGACACCGCUCCUGCUUGCACGCUCUCGGCUUUGGAUUGUGACACUAAGUACAACAUCACCGUGUACUCCUUCAGUGAGAUCCGGGGCAGCAAUCUGUCCUGCUCGUCACACUACAUCACCACGGCUCCUUGCAGUCCUGAAAUAAAACAUAUUUCAAAGGAUGCAUUCUCCACGAUUAAUGUGCACUGGCGAUCAACGAAUGAAGGCGCCACUUACACCGUGACCGCCCAGGGGAAGAAGGGGCUGUUCCAGUGUAGCAGCACAGGGGAGACCUGCAUGAUCGGGGGCCUGCCCUGCGGUUCCGUGUUCUCUGUCAGUGCUGUGGCCGAAACUCAGGCGGGAAAGAGCCUACCCAGCUACAGUGUGCCCCUGGAAACAGUACCAUGCUGUCCAGUUGGUCUGACGGCGGUGCAGGUCACCCAGUCUAUAAUCAACGUGAGCUGGACUAUUGGGACAGUGGCUCAGACCUACGUGACAGUGCUCGAGUCACAGAUCGGACAGUCCAAGUGUCACACCCAUCAGAACCACUGCCUUCUGGGAUGCAUCGCAUGUGGCAUCAACUACACGGUGGCACUGAAAGCCAUUAGCCCCACUGGACUGACUGCAGAUUGUGCCUACCAAAGUUAUUCUUCCAGUGCCUGCUGCCCACUGGGGGUCAAAUUAUAUAGGCUGGGCCCUAAUGGCAUCCGGAUCUACUGGCAAGCCUCCAGGGGCUCUGUCAAUUAUAGCACCGACCUCCAUGGGUCCAAAGGCAUCUUCACGUGUGUCCCAAGUGCUGGCUUAAGUUUCUGUGAUGUCACUGACAUCCCCUGUGGGGACGUAUACACUGUGAUGGUCUCGCCAAUUGCUGAAACAGGACUGAAGCUCACAUUCUGUCCAAAGAAAAUAUACUCAGUUACUUGUUCUGGAAGUACACUAGGGAUGGUGAUUUACAGAGGGAAGAGGAACGACACCGUGAGCCCCCGGUAGAAGCAGACACUCCAGGAGAGUUAAGAAGCAGCGACGGAAAUAAGCUCUUAGAACACAGAACGCCCGUAGGAUAGGAAAAGCUCCAUCGGCCUUGAAGGGAGUAAUUCAUACUCUGUAUCAACAGGGCAAGGUCAAGGGUGUCAUCAGCUGCAGAGAAGUUCCAGAUGAACUGUGUGAGGAGAGGUGAGGGCUCUACAAAGGAAUGAUCCAGAAAGUCCCCUGGAAGGCUGCCAGAGUGAGUCAGCGUGGAGUCAGAGCCUGCAAGCGUAAAAGCGCUGCUUAGCAGGAAUUUGUUCAGAGACUUCACAUCCAGACACGCCACAGAAUGUUGCCGGUUCCAACCAGCUGAGGCUGGCAUCGGAUCCUCAGUCCUUCUGCAGCAGCCUCCCAGAGUGCUAGAAUUACAGGCCUGUACCGGUUUGCCCAGCGCUCCAUUACAGACUUCAACAAGUCCUGUUCACGAGUGUCUCAGUAGUUUGCCAUACAGCAUCUUCCCUCUAGGGAGGAUGGGCGUGGACCCCCACAGUAGUCAGCCCCCCUCCCCCCCCCCUCAGGAGGACAGCAUCCACCCUGAGACAGGCCUCAGUUGGGACU